AUGUCAUUGCUGCCUUUGAACUCCAUCCUUUUAGAUAUUCCUGAGCGUAUGCCAACUAAGGCUUUGAUGCCCUGUGCUAAUCGUCAUGCGCCAUCAAACAACAUGCCGUCGAUGGAGCAAGUUAUCGAACAAAAAAAGAGAAAGAAGAUCAUUGCGGAUGGUACAGAACUCUUCAACCAAAGCCCGAAGAAAGGAAUCGAGUUCUUGCGUGAAAAGGGCCUGUUAGGUGCUGAUGCUACCAGCGUGGUCAACUGGUUGAGAGCCAAUCCUCAGUUGGACAAGAAGAAAAUAGCAGAUUAUAUUUGCAGCAGAAAACAUGCUGAUGUGCUGCAAGCAUUCGUGAGCUCGUUCCCAUUCGAAAAUACGCGCUUGGAUGAUGCGCUCAGAAUGUUUCUGGAAACUUUCCGUCUUCCUGGCGAAGCUGCUGAAAUCAGCAUGGUUAUGCAACACUUUUCAGAACAAUGGUACAAAGCUAAUCAUGAACCUUUCAAUCAUGUGGAUGCAGCUUUCACUUUGUCAUAUGCCAUAAUCAUGCUCAACACCGACCAACACAACCCUCAGGUAACCUCUUUUCUUUGCUCUGUUUACCUGGAGUAA